AUGGCAAAAUCGAACGAAAGUGGUGAUAAGAAUGUUGAAGAUGCAGAGGUUCCUCCUGAAAGUGGUGAUGAGAACGUUAAAGAUGAAGAGAUAACUCUGGAAAGUGAAGAGGUUUCUUCGGAAAGUGGUGAUAAAAACGUUGAAGAUGAAGAGGUUUCUUCGGAAAGUGGUGAUAAAAACGUUGAAGAUGAAGAGGUUUCUUCGGAAAGUGGUGAUAAAAACGUUGAAGAUGAAGAGGUUCCUCAAGCAAAAAAGAAGAAAAUGACUAAAUCUGGUGUAAAAAAGCAGGAAAGUGCUGGAACUAGUGUAGGAACAUCUUCUGAAAGACAAAGAAACCCUAGUAAAGGAAAGGAAAAGAGAGUUGGCAUGAGAAAGAGCUUAAGACUUGAACUGCAAUGUAGUGGUGGUCCAAGUGGAAGAUCAACUGAUGGAAUGGGGAAUAAGAAAGGGAGCUUAAGAAUUCGCGAUAAAAGUCAGGAAACUCGAACCACUUCUAAAUCUGGAAGAACCCCUGGUAAAGAUGCAAAGAGAAAGAUAACUGGAAUUGGAAAGAAAGGUAAUGCUGCUGCUGCUGCUGGUUCAUCAAGUGGAAGACAAACUAGUAAAGAUGCAAAGACAACUUUAAAGAAAGUUAAUGCUGCUGCUGCUGGUUCAUCAAGUGGAAAACAAACUAGUAAAGAUGCAAAGACAACUUUAAAGAAAGGUAAUGCUGCUGCUGCUGGUUCAUCAAGUGGAAAACAACCUAGUAAAGAUGCAAAGACAACUUUAAAGAAAGGUAAUGCUGCUGCUGCUGGUUCAUCAAGUGGAAAACAAACGAGUAAAGAUGCAAAAACAAAGAAAGGUAAAGCUGCUGAUGCUGGUGGUGGUUCAUCAAGUGGAAAAGAAACCAAUGAAACUGGGAAGAACAAGAAGACUGAAACUAAUGCUGGAGGAAGCUCGGGUAAAGAUGAAAAGGGGAAGACGAAAAAGAAAGUUGAAAAAAGUGAUGAGAAAUCUUCAAAAUCAGGAGGAACCUCUGGUAAAGAUGGUAAUAAAGGACAUGUAGAAGGAGAAGUGGCAAAGACAAAGAGCCCGGGAAUUGAAAAGAUAGAUGGUGGAGCUUCGAGUGGAAAAAGUUCAGGAAGUGAAUAUAACUUGCGCAAAAGAAAAAGGUCUGAUGAAUCUUCGCCCGAGAAAGGUGCAGGCAUCUCUUCCUCAAAGAAACCAAAAACAGGGGAGAGUUCUUCUGGAAGCAAAAAGGAAUCAACUUCUUCUAAGAAGGAUUCUUCAAAGAGAAAAUCUCCUUCUGCUGGAAAAAAGUAG